GUAAGUACUACUUACCUACGUACGUACUAACUUACCGUUCGGGGACCAUCAGCGAGUGGCGGUGCCCGACACUCGCCAUCCGUCUCCUUCCCCAUCGGGCGAUCAGCAGCCCGUCUCAGCCCAUCACGUGAUAUGAACCGGAAAAGGUCACCGCACCGGAUGCACCACUCACAUACCACUUGUACCUUCUGGGUACUAUUGUCAAGGGAAUGGAUUGAUCUCGCGUCAGUCCGGGUGGAUCAGGUCCCCAUUCUCUUAGGUUGGUUUGAAUCGGGGCGACGGGAGGGGCGGCUGUCUGGUAUCCUGGAAAUGGGGAUUUCCCCUCCCCUCUCCUUCUCCCGAAGCACCCCUGUCACAGACCGGCAUCUUUCACCGAGACUAUCUAUCUACGGUGUAGUCUACUCUACUCUCCCAGUUGCAUUCUUGCAUUCGUCUAUUCGUACACACUCUCUCCUCCCCCAAACCAAAUAGAGAAGGCGGGGGAGAGCAAACUUCGGAUCGAUCUACGGGCUCCACAGAAACCCCGAGCGACUACUGUAAGUAC